AUGGCUCAGAGCACUAUAGAUAUAUUUCUGAAUAGACCAAGAACUGUUUUGGUAUUCUUGGGGAUUUGGCUACCACCAACGAAAUUUGCUCUUCUGUAUACCCUCUACAAGAUUGUGGUGAUGCUAACCCAGUACGCUUUUAUAUUAUUCGAGAUAAUAUACGUGGGCGUGGUUUGGGGGGACCUAGAUGAAGUAUCCGAGGCUUCAUAUCUGCUGUUCACGCAGGCCACGGUUUGUUACAAGGUUACAGUUUUCAUCGUCAAUAAGAAAAAUCUAAGAGAACUCUUGGAUUUUAUGAAGGUCGACAUAUUUGAUCCUCAAACUUCGUAUCAUAAUAAGGUUUUGUAUACGAACGCACGGAAAGUGAAAAAGUUGUGUGCAGUUUUUUUGGUCACCGCAAUAAUGACUGUCAAUCUGUGGGCUAUCAUGCCUCUCUUUGAUAAUGCGGAGUCAAGAUUCUUUCCCUUCAAGAUUUGGAUGCCCGUAGACCCGCAGAAGUCUCCUCAAUACCAGUUGGGGUACCUUUACCAGAUAACGUGCAUCUACUGCAGCGCCAUGCUGUUUUUCGCGGUCGACAGCACGAUCCUUUCGAUGGUCAUGUUUGGUUGCGCCCAAUUAGAAAUUAUUAUUGACAAAAUGCAAAAGUUACAAACUGCACCACUGUCGCUAAAUUGGAAGCCAGAAAAGUACAAUCAAGUGAUAGGAGAAAACAAUAAAUUAUUUAUUGAAUGCCUUCGCCACCACCAAGCCGUGAUAAGGUUUAUAGAAAUGCUGGAAGAUACAUACCACGCCAAUAUAUUCUUCCAGCUGUGUGCCACAGUUGGAAUUAUCUGCAUCAUCGGACUGCGAAUAUCAUUCGCGGAGCCAAGCAGCGUGCAAUUUUAUUCGAUGCUGAACUACAUGGCCACUAUGCUGUCGCAGCUAUACCUCUACUGCUGGUGCGGCAGUGAACUCACUACUAAAAGUCAAGAUUUACGCGUAUGGCUGUAUCAAUGCCCGUGGUACGAGCAAGACGUCAAGUUCCGGCUUUCGUUACUUCUUGCAAUGGAGCGUAUGAAGAGACCAAUCAUACUGAAAGCUGGACACUACAUUCCACUCUCGCGACCUACAUUUGUUUCUAUUGUACGUUCGUCGUAUUCUUAUUUUGCAGUGCUGAAACAAGCUAAUAACAAAUAA